AUGGACGACUCCCCGCCUAAGGAGAUCGUCCCAAUGCCGCCCACCCUCUCCCCGUCGCGUCCGACCUCGGCCCCCAAGCCUUCACUGCUGCCAGCCUUUGAGCCUCUCUCCUCGUCGCCCCUGCCUCGCGCUCCGAAACGCAAGUUCGACGAGACCUCUGGUCUCCCCAAGGUCGAGCUCAAAUACUAUCCUACGCCAAUGCCAACCUCGUCCACUGGCAUGUUGCCGUCGUCCCCGCCGCAGCACGCCAAGACCGGCUUGCAGCGCACUCUGUCCACCUUGACCGAGCGCAACCCGCUCUGUGCCGUCCCCUCCAUCGAGAUCCCCGCAAAUGGCGAGCCCAUUCUCAUGGGGAGGUCCAGCAACUCGUCUCACCACCAGCUCUCUGCCAACCGUCUCAUCUCACGCGUCCAUGUGCGCGUGCAAUACAACGCGCCUAGCUCCGAGCACGUGUCGGGCGAGAUUGUGAUAGAGUGCAUGGGCUGGAAUGGCUGCAAGAUCCAUUGCCGCGGUCAAAUCUACGAGCUGGUCAAGGGUGAUACCUUCUCGUCUGACAAGCCUUCAGCGGAAAUUAUGCUGGACGUGCAAGACACUCGUGUCUUGAUUGUCUGGCCCUUCAGCGGCAGAAAGAGGAGCAUGUCAGCGGGUUCUGACACGACGUAUUGCGAAGAUACCCCAACAAGGAGAAGGUUGCCUUCGGUCGCCCGCUUCGACUCCAGCCCUCCGCCCAUGGUCCCUCAAUCCCCCGAGUCUCCUGCACGUUCUCAGCAGCUUGCUGAAGCGAACGACUUGACUUUCCUAGCCUCCGACCCUGCAGAACUUCCCGAAGUUCCUGCGGUGCAGGUAUAUGAAGACGGUGAGUCUGGCGACGACCAGGCCAAGGCUGCUGCUCCUGCUGCUGUUGCUGCUGCCCCAACCUCUCAGACCUUUUACUCGGGCUCAACUGUAGAGGAUUUUAAAUCCGAGGAGCCGCGGGAUUCCUUCCGCUCUGACGAGUUCUCAGACCGAGACGAAGAAAACGAUCCUGUCGUCCACUCGUUCGGUCCAUUCGGUGAAAACAUUCUGUCGCGCAUGGCGUCCUUCCCGCACAACCGUUACCCAACGUCCCACCCUCGCCCCAAGCGCCCCAUGAGGGAGAGAUCGGGCUCGCCUCAGCAAGCACGUACCGGUGCCGACUCCACGACACGCCCCAAGGUUAACGACUCCCCCGUCAAAAACCAUGUCAUCAACCAGCUCGCCUUCUCUCGCCUGCACUCAAUGCCGCUGUCGACGAUACUAGGUAAUCUCCCAGUCGAACUGCGCGGUGGCCCUGAGAUUCGUCGUCCUCGCCGCUCCGGCAAGGACAGCCUUCUUGAAGAGCAGGCUGCGGAGGCUUCGGCCCGCCUUACGGGCACGGAUCUGCAGCACCUGCUGGAUCACAUUCCGUGCAUCGGCGAGAUCAACCGGGUAGGCAAAGACGCUUCUGGUAAGGAGUUGGAGAACGAGUUCUACUACGUCCCGGAAAUGGACGACAACGAGCAUCGGCGCGAAGCAGUUAUGGGCGGCAUUGGUGGAACCGGUCUCAGGUCUGUGAGAAAGAGCCACAAGCAAUACUACUGGAAGCGUCCGCGCCAUUGA